AUGUUGGACUUUCUGCAGAUUAGUGGUUCUCUCGCUUUGUUUGUUACAGUAGUGUCUCAUGGAAUGCUUCUAUACCUACUGAUUAACAAAACUCCAUCUAGAAUGAAGCAUUAUACUAGACUGUUGUAUGUUCAUCUUGCUAACGAUUUUGUGUUUUCUAUGGCUUUUUAUCUUGUUUUACCGGUAAGUUCACAGCAUAUAUUUAUUAUAGUAUUCAAUGUAAUAAUGUAUAAUAUUGAUCUUAAUUUUAAUUUUUUUAAAUUUUAAAAUUUCAGCACAUAUUUCCAUUGCAAGGACAAUUAUUCAUUGUGUCAAGUAACAUUGCUGAAUUACUAGGCUAUGAUGCUAAUCUGUGGUUGACUACAAUGUACUUUUACUGUGAAGUGCUACAAUUACUGUUACUUCCAUUGGAUUUUUAUUAUCGUUACCGAGUAGUGUGCAAGUAAGUUUAUCAUCAUGCUUAUCGACAAUUAACCACUUGUUAUAUUAAGUUGUUCAUGUAAUUUUGUGCUCUCCAACUCUAAAAAUUCGCUUUGAGAUAGGGCACAAAAUUAUUUGAAAAAUCUAAUAAAUAGUACUCUUCAAAGUUUCAAAUAUGGCCUUGAAGCUAAGUAUACAGCACAAAAAGCUUUUAAUAACAAAAUUUUUGUAGUAAGUAAAAAUGACUUUAUAUACGUAUUUUCAGAGAAGAUAUAAUGAGCACAAAGAAGUUGUUUACCAUAAUUACCGUUAUGUUAUUGUGGGUGUCUAUGCAGAGUACGGUGAUGUGCCACCUGUUAGGACAUUCAGAAAAUGACAAAAAACUACUUAUGGAGGCUAUAAGCUUUGAUGAGUUACCUAUCUUUGUGGCUACUCAGGUAAGUAAAGAAAUAGACAUUUUGUUGUUACCUAUGACCUAAAAGAGAUAGAAAGUUAUAUAUUGCACCUUGAUUAAGGAAAGGCUUGGAAUGAUGAUAACAAAAGCCUUGUAUUUACGAUGAUAAGAAACUUAAAGAUUAAUCAGUAAAAAUUCAUUUUUCAGAAUCCAUUGGUAACCUACAUAAACCAAGUAAUGACUCAAAGCGGAGUUAUUUCUUGUUUUGCCAUGUGUGCCUAUGCCUUUCGUAGGAUCAAUGCGGUUUUACGUAGGAAUUUAGACACGAACAAAAAGAACAAAACCAACAAAAUUGAACGUCAGAUUACUCGGUUAAUGAUUGUACAAGUAAGUUAUUCAAAUUAUUUUGAGCAAAAUCACUGUCAGAAGUCUGUUGAGAUUCUGGUGGGCGUGGACUGUGGCCUUCUGAAUCGUUUGAGUCUCUUAGACUUUACACUCAGGUAGUGACGACGUAGUUUCUGGAAACCGUAUACUAUAAUAUUAACUUGUUUAUAUAAUUCUGUGCCCCGUAAUUACAAAAUUUUGUUUUGAAAGGGAACACAGGAUUAUUUGAACAAUCCAAAACAAAAAACAUAAUUUUUUUAAAUUUUGUAAAAUACGUUUUUCAAUCGUUAAUACUUAUUUCCCUACAAAACCAGCAACGUAAUUAAUAAUAGUCAAUUUUAGAGUGUAAUACCCGCAAUAUUAGUAUCACUUCCAUUAUUAGCCACGAGUAUUUGUACUCAACUACAAAUUACCCUAACAAUACUGGGUCCAAUAAACCAAAUACUCAUAUCGUGGAACGGAGCUUUGAAAACUAUUGCUACAAUUCUUGUGGUUCCAAACUAUCGUAACUUUAUAUUAACAAAGGUGGGAAGAAGAAAAAGUGUCACAACGAUUGUCACACAACUUUCUACCAGCCGGACUGUGUGA